CACCACCACCACCACUUUAACCAUUACAUAACCAAUUACUGCUUCUACUACUACUACUGCUAUUACUAGUCAACGAGGGAUUUUCGACUUGCUAGAAACAGCAGCCAAAUUUUCUCAUGAAUCACACACCUUUCUGUCUUGCAUUAAAGGAAAGCAUACAGAAGACAACCUAUGAUAAGAUGGUCGUGGUUGGAUUGCCUUUGAACAGUGCUGACCCGCGACUAAGCAUCAGCAGCUACUACUAAUACUGCCACCACCACCACCACCACUAACUGUCACUACUACUACUAUCACUAUUCACAAGUUCUUGUAGUGUUUAUUAUUAUACGAUGUAUGUAUGAAGCAACAACUGUAAACACGUCGCUUGCUCUGACGGCUUUCCUUCUUACCUGACCAUGGAGCAAGGCGAUGAUAAUACCACAGAAGUAUUUGAUGUAUUACCCACUAUACCUGAUACAUAUAUCGAUGAACAUGAUUAUGGAUACAAAGUUCCAUACCAGCGUAUUCACCAGAAAGCUACCAGCUUUUCUGAGAAAAACCAUUUCAAUGUAUGGAUUACCGGUGUGACAGUCAGCGUGAAAGUGUCUCUUGAUAAACGACCCAGUCACAGGAUUAAUUCAAACCUAUAUAAAGUUGAUUUGGUACAUGAAAAUCACCACUGGACAAUUUAUCGACGCUAUAAACAUUUCCGCAGUCUUCAUGAACAACUCAUGUUGUUCUUGGCUGGACUUCGGCUUCCGGUUCCAACAAAGCAACACCGGGAGAAGAAGAAGUCUUUCCGUGGUGAGAAAUCCACACUACCAAGAUUUCCUUUAAUUCCAGACCAGUUUAUUCGAGAAGAAAACAUUCCUUUACGAACAAAACAACUGGAAGAAUAUCUUCAAUGUGCUCUAAAAUGCCGAAUGUACAGAAAUCAUAUAGAAAUGCUAAAAUUCUUAGAAAUCAGCCGCCUGUCUUUUAUUAAAGAACUUGGUUGUAAAAGGAAAGAGGGUAUGGUAAUGAAAUCUCCUGGAGGUCGGUCUACGAGUUGUCUGAAUUGUAAGAACAUGUUCCAAGUUAGCAGAACUUGGCAUAAAAGAUGGUUCAUCAUAAAAGACACAUUUCUUACCUUCCUCCGUCCACACGAUGGUGCUGUCCGAGAUGUAAUUUUACUCGAUUCAGAUUUUGAUAUAAAAUCUGGUUAUUUUGAAACUGGUGUACCUCAUGGAAUUCUGAUAAAAAAUUCUUGCCGAGAACUGCUGUUUAGUUGCUGGACACAUCGAAAACAGGUGGAAUGGUCUGAUCAGAUUAAAAUGAUUGCUGAAGGAACUGGUAAAGAAUACACUGAAGAGAAACGGUUUAAUUCUUUUGCUCCAAUUCGAACUGAUUCCCAUGGAACCUGGUUUGUUGAUGGAGAUCUUUAUUUUGAGUCUGUGGCAGAUGUUUUAGAGGCAGCAACUGAGGAGAUAUUUAUCACUGAUUGGUGGCUGAGUCCAGAAUUAUAUUUGAAGCGUUCUGGUGCGGAUUUCAAUCAUUGGCGUUUAGAUGUGGUUCUUAAACGGAAAGCAGAAUGUGGAGUGAGAGUAUUUAUAUUGCUGUACAAAGAAAUAGCCCUGGCCCUUGGCAUCAAUAGUUAUUAUAGUAAGAGGACACUGAUGAGUCUCCACCAUGAAAAUAUCAAGGUAUUGAGACAUCCUGACCACGUACCUGGUGGAGUAUAUCUAUGGGCGCAUCAUGAAAAGCUGGUUGUUGUUGACCAGAAAUCUGCUUUCUUAGGUGGCUUUGAUCUCUGCUAUGGUCGGUGGGACUGUCAGAACCACAGGCUUGAUGAUCUUGGUUCCAUAGUCAAUGCCAAAGAUGAUCAGAAUUUGUCAAUAGUUGCAGAAAAUAAAGAUGAAAAUUCUUCACAGGAAAAUACAUCAUCGACUUCCUUGUGGACAAAUUCUUUGGAAAAUGAAGCCACUGUCAGCAGCAGCAGCAGGAAAGAGGAAGACUCUGUGACUGUGAUAGCCAAGCUGCAACCCGGUUAUGGUGAAGAUACUGUUGAUAGUGCUGAUCACGAACCUUCCGAAAUAACACCUUUGCCUAUUAAUGACGUUGGUACCUGUUCAGCUGUGACAACAGUAAAAAACAAGAAAUCAGUGGAAAUACAUGGUUCUGGAGAUGCCAAGAAGGGUGCAAUGAGAGGAGCCCACAAACAUGACCAUUUAUGGAAAGACUCGUCACUGAACAAGACCAUCUCCAACCACGAUCCAAAGAUAGUACUCGGUCGCAGUGUAUCGAUGAAAACAAAUUUUCUAAACGACACUGUCGAUAAGGGAGGAGAUGCUCGCAAAUACAUGAGACAUGUCUCUCUGAUGGAUUAUCCAAGCAAAGAUUUAUAUGAGAACAUUCUGGAACGAUACAACUGUUUAGAGAAAACACAACUGAUCUCAUCUGCAAGAGAUUCUGAAUCCCAAGGUGGGAAUUAUGAAUCUAUCGGACUCACCAAUUUCUCAGGCAGUACACAAGUUGACAAGUCAUUGAAUGCACGUCGACGAUGGCGACGAUACAGAAAUGUGGUCAAGCUAAUUACAGUAGAGAAUGUCAAUGUGACAGUGAAAAACAUUCCUGGUUUGGACGAGAUGUCGUCAAAUAUGAAACCGUCAACACCAAAAUCAAAAAGACGAUUUAUGCCAAGCUACAUAUCAGAUCGGCUGCCUGCGAAACAAGAAUCAACAGAAACUAAAGAGAGCUCCAAUGAUGAUUCUAUAUCAGAAUCUCCGCCAACUUCACUGCAUGGUGCUUCUAAACUAUGGAUUGGUAAAGACUACUGUAACUUUAUCUUCAAAGAUUUUGUUGACCUUGAAGCACCUUUUGAAGAUAUGAUUGACCGCACUAAGACACCGCGGAUGCCCUGGCAUGAUAUUGGAAUGGCUGUCUACGGCAGCGCUGCGCAGGAUGUUGCACGCCAUUUCAUUCAACGUUGGAAUAUGAUCAAAGUGAAAAAAGUCAGAGAUGAUGGGCAGUAUCCAUUUUUAUUUCCUAAAAUUGUUCCUAACCUCAGCAAUCCUGCCACUGCUGGCAAACUGAAGAUUCAGAUUGUACGUAGUGUCGGACAGUGGUCAGCUGGUAACUUGAAGUGUGAAAACUCUAUACAACAAGCUUACGUCAAAAGUAUCAAGAAUGCAAAGCACUUCAUUUACAUUGAGAACCAGUUCUUUAUAUCCAAAGUUGCCAGUGACAAUAUUGUGUUAAACAAGAUUAACAAAGCCUUAUUUGAACGGAUUCUUAAGGCUCACAGGAAGAAGGAAACUUUCCGUGUGUACAUAGUAAUGCCAUUGCUGCCUGCCUUUGAAGGGGAGAUUGGGACCAAGAAAGGGACUGCAAUCCAAGCCAUUACACACUGGAAUUAUGCUUCUAUCUGUAGAGGGAACGAGUCUCUUCUGACGCGACUCAAACAAGAGGGAGUGCCAGAUCCGUUUAAUUAUGUGACAUUCUAUGGUCUACGGAAUCAUGGAGAACUUUUAGAAAAACUUACAACAGAAUUGGUUUAUGUACAUAGUAAGAUGAUGAUUGUUGACGAUGACACAACAAUAAUUGGAUCUGCAAACAUCAACGACCGCAGUAUGCUGGGGGACCGUGACAGUGAAAUGGCUGUCAUAAUCCAAGACCUGGAAACUUUCCCUGUCCAGUUCAAUGGUAAAGACCAUCAAGCUGGACAUUUCUCAUCCUCACUGAGAAAAACAGUCUUUAAGGAACAUUUGGGCCUCCAAGAUGAUGAGCCUCUGGUGGAUCCUGUCUGUGAUGCUUUCUAUAAAGAAAUUUGGAUCCAGCAAGCUAGCAUCAACACAACUAUUUAUGAAAAGGUUUUUAAUUGUAUUCCAAAUGAUGGAAUCUUAACUUUUGAUGAACUCAAGAAAUACAACAAAAAGUCAACUCUUGCAGAAGAUAAUCCAGGCAAAGCAAGGGAAAUGCUAAAGAAUGUACAUGGUCACCUUGUUUUAAUACCACUUUACUUCUUGUCUAAUGAAAAUUUGACGCCACCUCCUGGGGCCAAAGAAGCUCUUUUACCAACAGUUUUAUGGACAUGACACAAGUCAUCAAAGGAAUUAGUUUCUAUAAAUAAUGGCUGUGAAUUAUUAUUAUUAUUAUUAUUAUUAUUCUCUCUUUUAUAUCAUACUAUUUCAUUGGUUUUCAUUUUCUUUUAUUCUGAUUUAAUGUCUCAUAUAGUAACAAUGUAGGUUAAGGAUAUUUUUCUUGCUUUAGAGUUUAUUCCAUUUUCCAUUUUUUCUUUUUUUUGUUCUUCCACAUCAAGAAUUGUAAUAUUAGCAAAAAAAAAAAAAAAUGGGAACCAAGUUUUGGUUGAAUUUUUAAUGAAAUUCCACAACCUUUUCAAUGUAUAUAUAUAUAUAAAUAUAUAAAUAUAUAAAUAUAUCAGUAUCAUCAUUAUUGUAACACACACACAUACACACACACACACACACAUUACAAAGAUAUAUUUUUGUAUUCAGUCAUUGCAUUAUCCAGCUUGUACGUAACAAAACUUCAUCAUGACUCUUGUUACUGAACAAUUUUAAAGCAAUAUGUGGAUUUUUAACAUUCCAGUAUAAAGUACAGAGUGUUCUAAAAGAUAGUAAUUUAUUGAAAAAUGAUACAUUAUGAUAUUAGGACAAUAUUGAAGGUCCCUCCUCACCCAUCCAUUUGUCCCCUACCUUAAAGGAGGAUUUAAAUUCACUAAUAGAAAGUAAUUAAAAAAAAAGCACUUAUCUGUUUUACGAUUUUCUUGCA